AGGGGGCUGGCUGCCGACAAAUGUGCAGCUCGCAUCACGCAGGUGUCCCCGUCCGUGACACCUCGGCGACACGAGCGGACCGUUAAGUCGGCAAAGCGGAUCCGAUCUGAAAUAUUUGAUGAGGCAUGAAAUCCCAAGGAGGAAGGAUGUGCUCGUCUGGAUGAGAGACCCCCCGCAGUGGCGGAGACGCGCGGCAUCUGCUCGCUGCCAUCGACCGGAGCUCCGAAAUGGAGGCGGGGGAGCUCGGAAAAGGAGCUCGAGGGGGUGGAAUGACGAGAACCGAGCCACCGAGACCGAACCCGUAGCUUCAACGUCACUUUGCAGGGGAUAAAGACGUCCUUUCGCUCCCAUGCGUGUGUGGUGAAGCCUCUAUUGUGGACAUUCGUGUGCGCGCUGCUGCUGCUGCUGCUGCUGCUGCUGCCGCUGCAGCAGAUGUGUUGCAAGAAGGCCGUUCGCAUCUAGAGUCUGCAACGUGGGUUGUUCUUACAUCUUGUGGAUGUAAAUGCCGAACUGAUAUUCAAAAUAUCUGUCUUUCAUACAUUGGCUCCUGUUGACUUUGGGGGAGAGAGAUGACCUGUUAAUCACAGAAACCAGACAUUCACGCCCAAGUGCAAUUUUAGGGACAAAGUGUAAACAUGCAGGUUGAUAUAUGAAUCCAAAGUGAGAGAGAAAAUGCUGUAAUCUCAACAUUUGCAUGUGUGGUUUUGUAGAUGUGAUCUACGUGAAGGCGUUUGCACCUGGAUGACACGAUGGACUAUUUUUAUAUCCUAUUCAUCUUGUUUGUGGAACUGAUUUUCAUACAGCAUUUUUUAUAGCAUAGGUACCUGCUGUGCCAUUGGAGGGAAAAUGUGGGAUCACCACACACAUUAGCAUUCCAUCAAAGAAUCAAUUGUGUCUUAUGACCAUGAACAACAAUUCUGGGCCAUUUUCUUUAAGCAGUUUUCAUGAAACAGUGUCCAGGUGUCACCUUAAAUUCUUUGUUUAAACUGACUUGUUUUGGGCCUACGAGAGGACGGUUCUGAACAUUGCAUGCAUUAUGCAAAUUGAGAACCCCAAAUCCCUCAGACUCUAUUCACCACACAGAAUUGAAAUGUCUUUCAUGAUGAACUACAGACAGACAGGGUGACACCAAUGAUGCCAAGCUUUCAGGCACCCGCCCUCGACCCAAAUGUAACGGACGCCCCUUUGGAUUUGGGCUUCGACUUCCCUUCACGAGAUCCGGCGUGGGGCUCUGUCGCCGAUUGCAUGCUCAAGAUUGCGCUUAUCUCCGUGAUCGUUUGUGUGUCGUUGUUUGGGAAUGUCUUGGUGUUACUGGUUUUCCAGAGAAAACCUCAGCUCCUACAUGUGGCCAACCGUUUCGUCCUUAAUCUCCUGUUGGCCGAUCUUCUCCAGACCAUGUUGGUCAUGCCCUUUGCCAUUGCCACCACAGUUCCGGGGGUUUGGCCACUGGAUGCUCGACUGUGCCAGGCACUGGUGGUGCUCAUGCAUCUUUUUGCUUUUGCCGGCGUCAACACUAUCAUUGUUGUCUCCGUGGACCGCUACUUGGCCAUUAUUCACCCUCUGUCCUACCCCACCAGGAUGACGCCACACCUGGGCACCAACCUGAUCAUUUGCACCUGGGUAGUCAGCUUCCUGCAGAGUACACCGCCCCUAUACGGCUGGGGCGCAAUCGAUUUUAACCACCAUCACAAGAUGUGCUCGGUGAUCUGGUCCUACAGCGUAUCCUACUCAGUCGUGGUAGCCACCUUCUCUUUCUGGCUCCCGGUUCUCGUCAUGCUCGGGUGCUACUGGAUGGUAUUCCGGGCAGCUCGGAGGCAGAACGCCCUGGUGCACCCAAUACGGACGCGUUUGGAAUCCCAGCCCUGCCCUCAGGACUUCCGAGGGCAGAGCAGCUCGCCACCCCAGCGGCCCAGUUCACCGGAUGGCCCUUCCUCAGCCAAGGGGUACCCGACUCGUGCAAGGCAUCGACGCUUUCACUACCACUGCAAGGCAGCGCGUGUCGUCUUUGUAAUCAUGGCAUCUUAUAUCCUCAGCAUGGGACCCUACAGUGUACUAAACACAAUAUCCAUGAGUGCCAGAGCAGAUGUACCAUCCUGGCUUUUGUCUUUGGCUCUGGUGCUCUUCUUCCUGCAGUGCUGCCUGCAUCCAUACAUCUACGGAUACAUGCACCGUAGCGUUCGGAAGGAAUUCCUCGCAUUGCUCUGCGGAAUCUUCUGCAAGCGGGGACAGAGUUCAGCUGCCGAGACCUGUCACACCAUGGCAGGACAAGGCCACGCCGGGGGGCAACCUCACUUGCCUAGUCCAGCCGCCAGGGUCUUUCCGCUGCAGACAUGGGAGGAAUGCACCACGUCUUCCUCGCCCACCUUCGAGAGGAGGUCGAGGGACAGCCGCAAGGAGACCACCACAACCAGCGUCAGCUCAGAUCGGGAGCCCACGGUCAAUAGCAAGCAGAGUUCCUAAAGGGGUCAAAAAUUGGACUGCAAAUAAAUUUACGUGUACAGAUAGAACUAUAGAGCCAUACAUUACUUGUAAAAUUUCAAGUGAACCUUAGGUUCAACCUUUAAUUAAGUGGAUAUCCUUGGAAAUGUACAGGUUGAAAAAAGUAAAUGGUGCAGUACAGAAUGCUGAACAGUACAUGUAUAUGAUCUGACAAUUCACUGCCAUUGACAUGGAAUGGAUAUGGAAAUCAAAUAUCAACGUUAACUUGGAAAGACCGUUUAUUUGUACGAAUCAACCUAAAGAUAUGAAGUAUGGGUUUAGUAAGAGUACAUCUCCAUGCAAUUGUAAAUGUCUGCUCUUGUUUGCUCAAGUGUAUGCGACAAAAAAAAAUCUCACUGCCUACCUGUCGUCGUAAAUAUUUCAGCAAAAGCAAGAUUCGCCUCCAGCCAGUCAACUCCGUGGGUUUGAAGAGAGCAAUAUUUGUACCAGAGCCCAUGAUAGGAAUAAUUCUGGUUCAGCCAGUGAAGAUUUCCUACUGCUAACUGGUUCCAAAGCGCCUUUUUACGAACUGGCAAUGCACACAAUGGACUUAGCAGCUGUACAGAAAAGUUUUGUCUUAUUUUCAUUAACACAAGUGAAAAAAAAAAAGAUUGACUUGUGACACAUGGUACUUCAUCCCUUGAGUGCCAAAAAAUUACAAGGUGAUUUUUAAAGCUGAACAAAGAACCAGUAUGACCUUUUGUUGAGUUCGACAAUAUUUUAAACCAGUCUGACUUUUAAGGAUGUGCAAUUCACCAGGUGGGGUGGUUUUUAUUAUAUAAAUGUGCUUUAGGCCUGUAUUUGUUUUUUUAGUGCCUGUGAGGUAAACGUGACAUUUCAGAGAAACAUGGUAUUAUUAAUGUUGCAAGAUCUCCAUUGCUUGUAGUGAGAUCAAUGCAUGGUUUACCCUUUAAUAUAUGAAGUUAAUUGGUCUAUUAGUGCAAACUACUGUAUUUUACUGUAUUUUUAAUUAUAUUUGAAAGGAUGUGGUUUCAGUUGCUGUCACGUUCAACCUGUCAUGAAAGGAUUGUUGUCCAAAACAUAACUGAGAAAACUUUUGAAUAAUUCAAAACAGUAUUUGUAUUGCCCACAAUGGAGUUUUAUAGAUUUUAAAAUUGCAGUUUUAAUAUUUUAAUAGGGUUAUGGACACAAGCCUUAUUUGCUCAUUCGCAAUUUUAUUGCACAUGUGUACAUUUAACCCAAAACAUUGUACCUUUCUUUUUUUAAGGUGAUCCGAAACCAUUUUUGUAAUAUCACUGGAAAGUGUUGAAUAAGAUUUGAUUAUAUUUAAGUGUUACAUGUGCUUUUAUACAGGGAAAAAAAAUAGAUUAAAAAAACAAUCUUCAGUAAAUUGCUAUCUACUUGCAAUGUUUUAGUCUUCGUGCCAUACAAUGCCCUCACUUCACUAGAUCUAAAAUGUAAUUCAAAAAGAUGUUUGCGAGCAAGACAAGGAGCGGAGCGAUGAAAGUGUCCUUCAUUUCCAAACCAGAGUGAAAACAAGAAAAUACAUCAUAUAUCCAUAUUGCUGAGUAUACAUUCAAGAGCCUUAUACAGAGCGUGAUGUCGUAUUAAUUGGAUAUAUUUGCAAACCAGAUCACCAUGAUUCAUGACGAUCCUCCAACCCCAAUGAAAAAAAACAAGUGUUGUAAACAAAAGGUGUUAAUCAGUGAAUUCACAGAUGCUUCUCAUUUGAAUGAAUUAAAAAGAUCCUCCAUUUUGGAACAAGCAGAACUCAACCUCUCUCUCCCCUUUGAUUCAAUGCAAAUGUAUAAAUAUAAGAAAAAAAGGACAUGGAUCAGCAAUGUCAGUGUUUUAUAUGCCUUCUCAACUACAAUACAGGCUGAUAUAGUUCAGGAUUUAAGGCCCUAAAAUGAGAACAGAAAGUUUUGAGCAUCCUUUCCUUCGCUCUGUCUAUACAAUAUAUGUACAAGCAGUAUUUUCUCUCUCCCAUAUUACAGUUCCUCCACAAAAAAAAAAAAAAAAAAAAUCUUGAAGGGGAAAGGGAAAUCAAAACAAACAA